AUGGUCAUAAAUACUCAAAACAUCGAACAAGAACUAUUCUAUUUGAAUUCAAAUAAAAAUCGUCAUCGAUAUCCUCCGUCGAAAUAUCCAUUAACUCAUUUACUUGAUCGUCAAAGUAUUGACCGACGUCUUUUAAAACAACCUAAAUAUGUUAAAAAUUUCAUAUAUUCAUUUGCUUGUCUUACAACAUUUAUUUUAAUUAGUAUGAUAUUUUUCCAAGCGCCUACUUACGUUUAUAAUACAUUCUGUGGUCCCUUUCAUCUUAAUUUAGAGGACUUUAUUAAACAUGUGAAGAGUUAUAAAAAUAAUACAUCAUGGUUUUGGAGAAAAGAAUAUAUUCAAAUUGAAUUAGGUGAACAUAAUAUUCAAAAUCAAGUUCCUAAAUAUGAAACUUUUCAACAAUAUUCUGAUCUAUACACACGUCGAAAUCAUAUUGCAACAUUUAAAAAGUUAAAAAUACCUAAGAUCUUUGUUAAGUUACCAAAUAUUAAGAAAGAAUAUGCUUGUGUGCAACUUCCAUUUGAUUUUUCAUUAUAUUCACUUUCAACAUUACAAUGUAUCGUUAAAAACCUUCCAUUAAAUUCAAUGUUCACAUAUAAAACAUGGGUGAUCAAAUCUGAAUAUGUUGAUUAUAUAAAUAAAAAAUAUUCAGAAAAUCCUUCUAAAUUUAAUGUUGCAGUAUUAACAAAAUGCGGAAUUUUAAUAGGAUAUUUAUAUGAACCUGUUGAUGAGAUAGUGUUUAUUGCAAACAAAGACUAUAAAUUGCAUUCACUUGAUUUAACUUUCGAUGCAACACGUCAAUACUACUCAUCCUUUAAAUUAGUGAUUGGUGGAUUAAUGUUUAUUUUGUUAUUAAUUAUAAGUUUAUUUAAUUUGAUAAUUUAUGUGUUAAACAUGAUUCGUUUUAAAUUAUUUAAUAAAUAUGAAUCAUUAUCGUUUCCUUUAGAUUUACUUUCCAAUGUAUUAGAAGAACUUUGGUUAUUAAAUAUUGAUGACCCACCUCAUGAACAAUUAUUGCAACUAGAUGAAUUAAUUCGGCAAAGUCAACAUAGAUAUAGCAAUCAAUUAUGUAUUAUUAAAAAUUAUUCCGAACAUUUAUUUGUAAUUAUUUUAAGAGAAAAUCCUUACCAAAGUUUCAGUGUUACUGAUGGUUUGUCUCCAUUUAUUAUUUGUCCUGUGACUGACAUAAAAAAAAUCACUGAAGAUCAAGGUAUUUGUUACGGUGAAGAUUCAUCUUGGAUUCAAUGGCCAACAAUGCUACGACAUAGGCAACAUUUUUCACAUUGGUUACAUGAAGAGUUAAUGCAAAUAAGUGAAGAUUACAAGAGAGAAUAUGAGUAUCAUCUUCAACAUGAAAGACAAAACAGAUCUCAAGCUCAAUUAAAUUAUCUAGAUUGGAACAACACACGUAAUGCUUUCAAUUUUGGUCGAAUUAGUCAACGAGGCAUUCCACUCACAUCAAGAACUAGAUAUCUAAGUCGAUUCGAUAAAUUCGUUCGUGAAGAAGAAAACUUUCAACGUCUCAAAUUUGAACGUCAAGAUUUCUUGGAACGAAUCCUUGUAUAUACUACUCCAGCUUCGCCUCAAUUCAUCGCUAAUUUUCGAAUACAAGCAGAAAAUAAUAAACGUUUGAUUGAUUUAACUAUGAAACGAAAACAAUACAAAUGCAUGAUUUGCUUAGAAGAAUUAAAAUUGAAUGAUCUCUAUGCAACAUGGCCAUGUCCUUCAACAACACCACAUAUAUUCCAUCAUGAAUGCAUGUUAAAUACAUUACGAAUGCAAAAUACUUGUCCGAUAUGUCGACAUCCUGUUUAA